CGGCUCCCCGCUUGCGCACGCUGGCGAGCUAGUGCGGUACUGCCGUCACCGUCGCCAUCUUCUUCUUCGCCUAGCUCCUCCAGGAGGCGGCGGUCGUCGCCGUGGCCAUGGACGCCUACAAGCUCUGGGUGCGGAAGAACCGGGACCUCGUCCGCUCCCUCGAGUCGCUCGCCAACGGGGUGACGUGGAUACUCCCUGAGCGCUUUGGCAACUCCGAGAUCGCGCCGGAAGCAGUAUAUGCACUUCUUGGCAUUGUAAGUUCUGUCAACCAGCAUAUAAUUGAGACACCAAACGAUGGUCAGGAGCAAUCUAUCCCAUGGCCUCUUGUUGUAUCUAUACUCAAAGAUGCGGAGGCAGUUGUCGAGGUUGCCGCCCAGCACUUUGUUGGAGAUGAUCGCAAGUGGGGCUUCCUGGCUGUUACAGAGGCAGUGAAAGCAUGUGUCAGAUUAGCUGCUUUCAGGGAGAGUGGCUACAGGAUGCUCUUACAAGGAGGGGAGGUGGAAAAUGAAGAGGAGGAUAUUGUUGCAGACAAUCAUGGAGUCAAAAGCAAUGGAGUGCCAGUCAUCUAUCCGAUGAAUGGACAUGCCCAAAAUGGCCAUGAGAUAGGGUCGAAUGGUCUGGAUGGAAAACCUGGAUUUAUAUCUAAGAGUCUCGAGGGAAGAGCAGUAGCUGCUUUGAACAAGUUUGGCCAGAAUGCAAAGAUGAUGUCAGAUCCCAUGUGGAUGACCAGACUCCAACCUACUCCUGUUCUACCUGUGAUGGAGGUUGAGAAGCCAACUUUUGCAACUAUUUGGUCUUCUAAAGGGGUUUCUGGGCGCUUAUUCAUGUUGGGGGAGGCCGUCCACAUAUUCAGACCACUUGUCUACGUCCUUAUGAUCAGGAAGUUUGGAAUCAAAUCUUGGACCCCGUGGUUAGUGUCAUUAGCUGUGGAGCUCACAAGCCUUGGCAUUCACUCUCAUGCAACAGAUCUAAAUCAUAGAACCGGGAAAGUUCAUCAUCUCUCAUCUGCUGAGAGGGAUGAGUUGAAAAGGCGAAAGAUGAUGUGGGCCCUUUACGUCAUGAGAGAUCCAUUCUUCGCCAACUACACCAAGCGCCACCUUGAGAAAGCUGAGAAAGUGCUGAAUCCAGUGCCGGUGGUUGGUUUCCUCAUAGGUAAACUUGUGGAGCUGGUGGAGGGGGCUCAGUCGCGGUAUACGUACACGUCAGGCUCAUAAAGGAAUUGGGAUAAGAGUGUAGCAGCCUUCGCCUGAGAGCUUUGGUGCUGAUUUGCCGUGGUGGACCUUCGCUGGUUGGUGGGUUUUGUUUGUUUUUGUAGAUGAGGAAUUCAGUCGAACCCUGUCUGUGCAUUGCCAUUUCCUGGCCAGAUCUGGCAAUUGUCUUCUCAAGACAUUGGCUGCUAAGUUGCAGCCACAUACCCUCUCCUAUGGGGGCAGAUGGGAAGCUUACUAUAUAGUAUAUCAGUGUAAUGCUACGUACGGAUAACAUGCAGUGAUACCAUGUAUGUACCAAAAAGAAGAGGAAAACCAUGAUAAAUUCUUCAAGGAAA